UUUCGAACUUUCGGUUUCAUUAUCAGAAAAAAAAAUUGGGGAAAGGCAUGGGGUUGCGUGAUGUAUGAUGCUUUUUAUCAAAAGAGCGUAAGAAGCACUUGUUUAAUAUCAAACGCUAAUAUAUUCCCUAUUCAGAGACAUUAACAUCAUACAGAAAUGCAUUAAAGUACCAUGUCAGGAAAAUUAGAUAAAACAUAUUCAAUGGAUGAAUCACAGAGGGGACAGGGGGACAGGAAGGACCACAGGAGUCUGGGAAAUGGCAAACAUGCAAGGUCCCAGUCACCACUGAAAUUUUUUGCUGAGGCCAAGAAAAGCAUCAAUGAUGUGUUCCAAGACAUUGCAGAUUAUGUCAGGGAAUCACAAGUGUUUCUUAAAGAGUUGCCUGAGAAAUGCCAAUGUGAAAGUGCAAAACAAGUUAAUGAGUUUGGAAACAUGAUUAACGGAAUAAUUGAAGUACUUACCAGGAACCACAUGAAAGUGGUGUUUUUUGGAAGAACCUCCAAUGGAAAGAGUACGACAAUCAAUGCUAUGUUGAGAAACAAGAUAAUGCCGAGUGGGAUCGGGCAUACGACUCACUGUUUUAUCCAGGUGGAGGGCUGCGAGUCGUCAGAGGGAUUCCUGUUAACGGAGGACUCCGACCAACAAAAGAGCAUCCAUGAUAUAAAACAGUUGGCCUCAGCUUUGAGUAAAGUUAAGCUGAAAGAAAACUCUUUAAUCAGAAUCUUGUGGCCAAAGGACAAGUGUAAAUUUCUAAGAGAAGACGUUGUCUUUUUAGACAGCCCAGGAAUUGAUGUGACACCUGAUUUAGAUGAUUGGAUUGAUAACCAUUGUUUAGAUGCUGAUGUGUUUGUCUUAGUGGCCAAUGCUGAAUCAACACUAAUGCAAACAGAAAAGAAUUUUUUCCAUAAAGUGAGUUCAAGGUUGUCCAAACCCAACAUAUUUAUUCUACAGAACAGAUGGGACAUUUCUGUUGGAGAAGACGAUCCAGAGGAGAUUGAACAGGUCAAAGAGCAACAUUAUCAGAGAAAUGUGGAGUUUCUGGCCGAUCAGCUGAAGGUGGUCGACAGACAGGAAGCCAAGAAUAGAAUAUUUUUUGUCUCAGCAAAAGAGACGCUGAUUUCUCGUCUACACGAAGACAACAAGACUCCUACACCACAUGGAGUACUUCAAAGAAAUUAUCAAGAAAGAGCAUUUGCAUUUGCAAAUUUUGAGACUGCAUUUGAGAUCUGUAUAUCCAAGUCAGCUGUUAAGACAAAGUUUGAGCAACACUCUCAAAGAGGUAAAAACAUAACAUCUAGUCUUAAAAGCAUCAUGGAGGAAACCUACCAAAGGAGUCAACAGCAAGGGGAUAAAUUACAAGAGGUUAAGGGAGAGAGAUCAAGUGAGCUGGAUUUUCUGGAGAAACAGACACUGAUACUGACAUCUGAGAUGAAGGAUAAAAUCAAAGCAAUAGUGGAAGAAGUAGAGAGAAAGGUUUCUUAUGCCAUGAACAUGGAAAUCAACCGCCUCUCUGUUUUAGUGGAGGAAUUUGACAGACCAUUCCAUCCAGACGAAAUGGUUCUAAGAGUUUAUAAAAAGGAGUUACAUGCCUUUGUAGAGGACACAAUAGGUAAAAACUUACAGAAUCGGUGCUCAUAUUUGCUGCAAUCCACGGUAGAGAAAACCCAGCGCCAGAUGGCAGAUCGCCUCUCAGCCUUACUACCUGAUGAGAACAGACAGAACCUCGACAAUGUUCUGCCAAAGAACCAGUUUGAGAUUGCCUAUCGCCUGGACUGCAGAAACCUCUGUGCCGAUUUCCAGGAGGACAUCCAGUUCCGAUUUUCCUUUGGAAUCACAGCCAUGAUGGAGAGAUUCCUGGGUCCCAAGGGAAUGAGAACAGUCUUGACUGGACAGGGCAAUACUGUCCCCAGACCAAUUCCUGGACAGUCACAGAAUAACCAGCUGCUAGUGGGUGUAAUUACCACAGUCGCCUCCGUUUCGUCAAGAACAACAAUGGGUGCUCUUAUAAUAGGAGGAGUGGUUGCCAAGGUAGCGGGCUGGCGUAUUAUUGCUGUGGUGGGGGCCCUGUAUGGAGUUCUCUACCUUUACGAGAGAAUGACCUGGACCAACAAAGCCAAGGAGAGGGCCUUCAAAAAGCAGUACGUGGAUUACGUGGCCAGUAAACUGAAGCUGAUAGUAGAUCUCACCAGUGCCAACUGUAGCCACCAAGUACAACAAGAACUGACCAGCACCUUUGCCAGACUUUGUAACCAAGUGGAUAUUUCCAAACAAGGCUUAGAGGAGGAAAUUAACGACCUGGACAGGGAGAUUUCACGUCUACGGGAUAUCAGUUCUAAAGGCAAAACACUCAGAAAUAAAGCAGACUACUUGGAUAAGAACUUGGACAGUUUUAUUCAGAGAUAUCUGGGACCUAUUGAAUGAAAGACAAAGUUAGAUAUGCCAUUCCAUGGACAAAUUGCAGCAAUAAUCACAACUACAGACAGAAAUUCAGAGCCAGGAAUAAAAUCGCUUGUUAUUGGUCAUUUUCAGAACAGUGAAAGAUAUGUCAUCCUAAUCUUUAUAAAUUAAAUUCUGGUGUUGAUUAUGUGUAAAGUAUGUGUCAUGAAUUUUCUCAAUCUGAUAAGAAAAAUUACAUGUGUAUGUGAACAUAUUAAAUUCUUACAAUUGUUUUGUAAUAAGAAAAGGGAAAUGUUUAGCAAAUACAUUUAGAGCAACAAGUAUUCUGUAUUUUUUAUUUACUGGGAAAGUUUUUAUUUAUGUAUUCUGUAAAAUUUUCGGUAGUUCAUCACUUACUUUCAGAUCAACGUUUUUCCAAUAUCAAUUUUAUUUCAAUUUCACUGUUAACUGAAUAAUUUUCAGAUCAACCAAUCUGACCAAAGCCAGAC